UUUUUUAACAGAUCUCCUUUCUCCAACAAAAACCCCACAACCAACAAAGGCUCUCAUCCAUUUCUGAUCUCCUUCAUUCCCACACAGCCGAGCUGAGCUCCUUUCCCAUAAAACAUGCGAGAGAGAGCUUGGCUCAGCCCUGUUUUGGUUUUUCUAUUGUAAUUGCAAGGUUUUCAAAAGCCUCAAUCUUCUGAUUUCACAAAGCUUUGAAGAAAAACAGGGAAGGAAGGAGACCAAAAUGGAAAAUAUGAGGAGAAGCAUCCCUCAAUGCGGCCAGAGAAUAUCUAAGUCCGCUCCUUGUAGCCCUGCGAAGCCUUCUAAGAAGCCGCCUUCUCUACCUGCUCGUGCUGAUUCAUUUCACAUCAUUCACAAGGUCCCUCUGGGUGACACCCCUUAUGUUAGGGCCAAACAUGUUCAGUUGGUAGAGAAGGAUCCAGACAGGGCAAUUGCCCUGUUUUGGGCUGCUAUCAAUUCCAAUGAUAGGGUUGACAGUGCCCUUAAGGACAUGGCCAUUGUGAUGAAGCAGCAGAAUAGGCCUGAGGAAGCUAUUGAAGCGAUCAAGUCCUUGCGCAAUAGAUGCUCUGAUCAAGCACAGGAAUCCCUUGACAAUGUAUUGCUUGAUCUGUUCAAGAGAUGUGGGAGAUUGGAUGAUCAAAUAGGCCUCCUGAAGCACAAACUGAAUCUCAUUCAUCAAGGCAUGGCAUUUAAUGGCAAACGCACAAAAACUGCUAGGUCCCAGGGCAAAAAGUUCCAGGUUUCAAUUGAACAGGAGACCACCCGCUUGCUGGGCAACUUGGGUUGGGCUUACAUGCAGCAGAACAACUAUGUUGCUGCGGAAGCUGUAUACAGGAAAGCCUUAUCCAUUGAACCAGACAACAAUAAGAUGUGCAAUCUUGGAAUUUGCUUGAUGAAGCAGGGAAGGAUUGUAGAGGCAAAAGCCAUGCUUCGAUGUGUAAAGCCUGCUUCUUCAGAGGGGCCUUGGGGUCUUGACUCUCAUCUCAAAUCAUAUGAAAGAGCUCAAGAGAUGUUAAAAGAGCUUGAAUUGCAAUCACAAUCUAACUCUAAUGAGAAUCCAGAAUCAGAAUUGGCUAUUGCUGCUCUGCAGUCCUCAUUAUGGUGGCAACCUCAGCCUUGUCCUGCUAGGCAUCAAUUCCCAAACAGAAACCAGCAAACCAAAAGUCUGGUUUCAGAUUCACUGGGUGCAGGACAUACCACAACAUUUUUGGCAACAGCAGGAUUUGGACCUUUACAACACAAAUCCCAACACCCAGUGUUAGCUCCCCCUCCUCCAAAGGCACCUAAUUCCCACUUCUCAAUGUUCAGCAAUGGUUUCUGGGAAGAAAAUGGAGGAGAUGGAGUGGGGGAGGCUUUUGCCGAUGAAAACAUCAAUUCCAACAUUAAUAUCCCUGGCAGGCUUCCCCCUUUGGGUGCUAAUGGUUCUAUGAUGCAGAGGCAUACAGGAGCUUUGAAGCAGAAGCUGGAUCAAGUGGUAUUUAAUGGCACUGCAAAAGCUGCAUUUCCUCCUUUAACCUCAAACAACAUUAUGAAUAAAGACCAUCUUCUCAACAGUGCGGCGCCACCAUUUUUUGUCAGGAAUAAUAAUAAUAAACAGGGCACUGAAGACAGAAUGCCUCUCACAUUAGAUAUGACUAAUAACCCUAACAUUGUGAUGCCAUUUGCAGCAGUAAAUCCGGUUUUGGGAGACAAUGGUAGGAAUGCUGCCAAAUUCAGAGAGCCCAUCAACGAAAAUCACCCUCCACCAAGGAGAUCACUCUCUUUUGGGUGUGUGGAUAACGGUGGCAAUUUUGAUUCUCUUCAUUCUACAGAUGAACACCACUUUCAUUUACAGAACAACAAGCCUCUCACAAAGGCUAAUUCAAUUUCGCUUCCAUUGCAAGAUAUGGCAGAUCCAUGGCCUGAUAGCCAAGAAUUUGAAGAUGCCAUUUUGGCUGCACUAUGUGAUUCUAAUCCCACUUCCCAUGAGGACAAAGUCCGGAAAAGGCUCCGAGUAUUUCAGGAGCUAACUGCGAGCCCAAAAGUCGGAAAGGGGCUUGCCUAAAGGAGAUACAACAGCAUCAUUUCAUUUCUUUUCAAUUGGAAUGGAUUAUUUUUAGUCCAAAGGACUUAAAAGUAUUCUUUUAACAGCAGCGUUCCAAGUAACUGAUUGUACAGCAAAAAAAUUGUUUGUUUAACGGCAUAAGGCGUUGGGUGCUUUAUUUAAGGAGAGGAGUCUGGAUUCUUCUACAGAAAUCAAAGAAGAACAAACUAGGUGUGAAGGAAAAAAAUGUCAAAUAGGUGGCGACAUUCUUAGUCGCUUUUGAUCUUGAACUUGCAGGCAGAGCCUGGUUCAUAUGUAAAAGUUAUAGAGAUUUCUAUUUAUAAUGUUCUCUCUGACUUGGAAUCAUUUCUGUUCUUUGGUUAUGUAGCAGAAUUUAAUUUUAAUUCUCUAAAUGUUUUUAA